GGGAGGAGGCGUUGAGCGCGUCCCUGUGCCGCCUCAUGUGUGCCCUGGCCGGGGAGCAGGAAAGGAGCCUCCGGCGGUGGCAACCAUGUCUGAGAAUGGCGCCUCCGCUCCCCCCGUCCCCAACGGCGAGUGCCCCGCGCGGCCGCCCGGCAACAAGGUGACCGUAGUGCUGGGGGCCCAGUGGGGCGACGAGGGCAAGGGCAAGCUGGUGGAUCUGCUGGCGCAGGACGCGGACAUCGUCUGCAGGUGCCAGAUUUCAGCUGGAAUGACCACUUCAAUAUGCUGGCAAAGGAGCUAUAAAGAGAAAAAUGAAUCAAGAGACAUAAUGUGUCCAAAUUCCAAUGACUUUGGAAAAAAUGUAAUCAUAGUGUCCAAAGUUCUGUCUCAAAGAUAUCCAGGAAAUGGUGUGGUGAUUCACUUGCCAGGACUGUUUGAAGAAGCAGAGAAAAAUGUAAAAAAAGGAAAAGGACUAGAAGGCUGGGAGAAACGAUUAAUAAUUUCCGACAGAGCUCAUAUUGUAUUUGACUUUCAUCAGGCUGCUGAUGGCAUUCAAGAACAACAAAGACAAGAGCAAGCAGGAAAGAACUUGGGAACGACCAAAAAAGGGAUUGGUCCAGUGUAUUCUUCAAAAGCAGCUCGAAGUGGGCUCAGAAUGUGUGAUCUUGUUUCAGAUUUCGGUGAAUUUUCGGAGAGGUUCAAAGUGUUAGCUAAUCAGUACAAAGCUAUAUAUCCAACCUUAGAGAUAGAUCUUGAAGGGGAAUUGAAAAAACUCAAGGGCUACAUAGAAAGGAUUAAACCAAUGGUGAGGGAUGGUGUUUAUUUCAUACAUGAGGCUCUACAUGGACCACCAAAGAAAAUCUUAGUAGAAGGUGCAAAUGCAGCAUUACUGGACAUUGAUUUUGGGACGUAUCCUUUUGUGACCUCUUCGAAUUGUACAGUUGGAGGCGUUUGCACAGGUUUGGGCAUGCCGCCUCAGAAUGUUGGGGAAGUAUAUGGAGUUGUAAAAGUAUAUACAACUAGAGUUGGAAUCGGUGCCUUUCCCACAGAACAAGAUAAUGUAAGCAUUACUCAUAUGAUCAACAAAUUGGCUGUUAUGAAAUUGGAUAUCUUGGAUGCAUUUCCAGAAAUCAAAGUUGGAGUUGCUUACAUACUAAAUGGUGAAAUCAUACCUCAUUUUCCUGCGAACCACGAAGUCUUAAAUAAAGUAGAGGUUCAGUAUGAGACAUUCCCAGGAUGGGACACAGACAUAUCGAAUGCAAGAACAUUUGAUGAACUGCCUGUAAAUGCACAGAACUAUGUUCGCUUUAUAGAAAUGGAGCUUGGCAUUCCUGUUAAAUGGAUUGGAGUAGGGAAAUCCAGAGAGUCAAUGAUCCAGAUGUUUUAAAGAUUUCAGAUGCGUGGAAGAAAGCACACUCCUCAGUAAGACUGUUUAGUCUUACAUGUAUUAUUAGUAGCCUACAAAGUGAAGAUGUUGGAAGGAUAGAUCUUGCAUAGAAAGAGAUGUUAGAGUUGGUCUCUCAAACUGAUUGCUACUCCUGAAAGACUUUGACCUCUACCUAUAUCAGCUCUCUAUCCAACUGGCAAUAUCUCCAGGACACUUUCCAUUACUGUUAUACAUGGUGCCACCAGACUUUUUUCUUUAUCAUCUAGUAUUUACUUCAUAACAUAAUCCUUGAUGUCUGAAAAUGGAAGGUAACAUUAUUUUCCUGACUCUGUCUUGAUUGUCGUAUCGAUGCUUCUGGCGGUGUUACUUCCCUGAAAUCUUAACCAGUAAAAAUAAUGCAGUUUUGCACAAAUGGUUUUACAUCCUCAUUAUUUGUACUCCUAAAUAUGUUGUAUUCUUUAUGGCUGCUGUUGUAGUGAGUGAUUAAAGAGGGAUUCUGAUGAUUUUAUAAUGCUAUAAACAUUGUCUAAACUGUG